CACAAACAGUGCAGGCAUUACAAUAAAUAAUAAACAGGACAAUAGGGCAAGGUGUCAGGCCAGGUGCUGGGUAUUGAGGAGUCUGAUAGCUUGGGGGAAGAAACUGUUACAUAGUCUGGUCGUGAGAGCCCAAAUACUUCAGUGCCUUUUCCUAGAUGUCAGGAGGGAGAAGAGUUUGUAUGAGAGGUGUGUGGGGUCCUUCAUAAUGCUGUUUGCUUUGCGGAUGCAGCAUGUGGUGUAAAUGUCCAUGAUGGCAGGAAGAGAGACCCUGAUGAUCUUCUCAGCUGACCUCACUCUCCCCUGCAGAGUCUUGCGAUCCGAGAUGGUGCAAUUUCCGAACCAGGCAGUGAUGCAGCUGCUCAGGAUGCUCUCAAUACAACCCCUGUAGAAUGUGAUGAGGAUGGGGCUGUGGGAGAUGGACUUUCCUCAGCGUCUGCAGAAAGUAGAGACACUCCUGGGCCUUCUUUGCUGUGGAGCUGGUGUUGAGGGACCAGGUGAGAUUCCCCUUCCAUCAUCAGAUCUCUGAACACUUCAUCACUGUUCCUCUUUUGCACGUUUUGUUUAUUUAUUUAUUUAUGGGCAACUUGUAGUAAUUUUUAUAAUUUUGUCACAAAUCAAACUUCAGGACUUGUCAAUGAUAACAAACCUGAUUCCUGAUUCUGAGUCGAUGACCAAGUGCCGUCAGUGAUCUCAGCCUCUGGGUGGUGUAACCACCUCUCUAGCCACUUUAUCCUCCUACCUGCCCCCUCGACGAACCCCUCCAUUUCCCAACGGUGCCUCUCACAGCCUGAGGCUGCGCCCAUCAGCAGCUGAGAUAGUUCAAGGCCUCGGGGUCACUGACAUCAAAGCCUGCCUUGUUUAUCCCGUUCGUGCCCUCUGCCGAGUGGGAGAGGGAACUCCUCCCUUCCCCGCCCCUUCCCUCCCUUCCAUUGGGAUGUGCUCCUGCCGCCCCUGCGAUCAGUCAUAGCGGCUGAUCGGAGCGGGACGGGAUGCGAACGGAGCCGGGUCUGGUGUACAUGGUGACCGGAGGCUCCGGCUUCCUCGGCUGCCACCUGGUGCGCCUUCUAGCCGAACAUGAGCAGGACAUCGCAGAGAUCCGCGUGUUCGACCUGAAAUCGAACCCGGUCCUGGGGUCUCUGAAUACUGAGAAAUUGCAGGUGAAAUUAAUCCAGGGGGACAUUAUCGAUGCAGCAAGCGUGCGAGAGGCAGCGAGAGGCGUGGACCUGAUCAUCCACACAGCGGGGCUUGUCGACAUCCACAUGAAAUCCCCUUCGCAAAGGUUCUGGGAUGUGAACUACCAGGGGACACAGAACGUCCUCACUGCCUGCAAGGAACUGGGCAUCAGGUACCUACUGCACACCAGCAGUAUGGAGGUGGUGGGACCAAACAAGAAGGGGGACCAUUUCAUCAGGGGAAACGAGGACACCAACUACAGAAUCUACCACAAGACUGCGUAUACGCAGAGCAAGGCGGCAGCAGAGAAGCUGGUUCUCAAUGCCAACGGGAUGAAGAUUGCAGGCGAGAAGACCCUGGUCACAUGCUCACUCCGUCCCACAGGGAUCUACGGAGAGGAUAACCCUAUCAUGGCAGAGUUAUAUCGAAUGUUUGUGAGCCACGGCAGCCGGAGGCUGCGACUGGCAGGAAAGGAGGUGGAGCACGGGAGAGUUUACGUGGGUUUACGGACGGGGGAAGCACAAUACCCCUGUGGGCGUCGUGUGAUCAGCAAUCGGAUCGUGGGGGGAACGGACGCGAUUGACGGAAGUUGGCCUUGGCAAGUCAGCAUCCAUCAAGACAACAAACACAUUUGCGGAGCAACGCUCAUCUCCGCGGACUGGGUCUUAACAGCAGCGCAUUGUGUAGCGAGCAAUCUGGUGCGCAGAUAUCUGCUAUACUUCGGGCGAUAUCAGCAGAAUGGAAUCAACACUCAUGAAAACUCGUCGUCGGUCGCCUACAUUCUGAUACACAGCAAAUACAGGACUGCUGAAGAGGGUUAUGACAUCGCGUUGCUGAGACUUCCCAGAUCAAUCAGCUUCUCCGACUACAUCAUUCCCAUCUGCCUCCCCAGCAGCACCUACAAGUUCAGCUGUGGUCCCGGUUAUUACAUCACCGGCUGGGGACACGUCGGGGAAAGCGUGAGUCUCAGCAACCCUGGCACGCUGCAGGAGGUUUCAGUGAAUCUGAUUGGACGCGAGACCUGUGAUGCAAUGUACAACAAUGGGAACACUGUCCUCCAGGAGGUCCAACCGAUCACCGACCAUAUGCUGUGUGCUGGCGUGCCCCAGGGAAACAAGGACGCCUGUCAGGGGGACUCAGGCGGUCCCCUCAUGUUCUCUGUCAACGGGGUCUGGAUACAGGUGGGCAUCGUGAGCUUUGGAGAAGGCUGCGGAAGACCCGACCGCCCCGGAGUCUACACCGAAGUGGCCGCCUUCUCCCAGUGGAUCCAGGCGAAUGUGAAUAACCUCCAGUUCGUCUUCCCGGAAAAUGGAUCCAGAAUUGCUCCUGAUGGGUGCAUGAACGGGGCAGAGCAAGUCAGGGGCAUGCUCCUCUUCCCUGCUGCUAGCCUCCUUGUCCUUCUGCUCUGCACCUUUCUCCUGAGCGAGUGAUGGACCCUGGGGGACCUCAGGGGCCGGGCGGGGGGGAGGGGGAGUGUCUAUGUUUCAGAACUCUUGAGCCGGGAAUGAAGGAAUCUUUGGACCACUCCACCCACCUCUCAUGGGAAACGAAAUCUGGGGGCCACCCAGUAUGUUUCUGGGAUCUUACUCUGUUCUGCUGCCUGAGCUCCCAAUUUGGCUGAGGUUAGAUCGGGAGCUUUCCACAGAAGGGAUAAGAUGGGUUGAUAUUUUCCGAGGUCGCCCCUCUCUUUCAGUUUCUCAGUAGAUGGUGUCGGGGAUUCUCACCCAGAACAAGCCUCCUCACUUUGAGUGCCAUGCGGAUGGAGAUUCCCAGGAAUCCCAAGGAUUCCCCUGGUUUGGUCUCUUCGCAGCUCAAGUUCACUUGCAGUCUCCAACAGGAGCAGGCGAUCCCACAGAAUGUCCAUAGAGAGAAAUUCCUCCACCCCGUAGCCUCCCUGGGAGGGGGCAUACUCCCUGCAAGUCCCCUCUCAGAGGCGGAAACCCUCAUUUGUACAAAGUAAGAUCCCACAGGGAUGGGAGGAAUGGAGGGAGAUGGAGACAGUAAAUUAAAAUUGAACUUCAAUCCCAAAACCCUGUUGGAGCAUGAGGGUGGGGGAAG